AUGACCACACUGGUUAACAUGGUCUCGGCUACCAGGGAAAGGCUUCUAUAUCUGAUGUCUGAAAGAGGAUCACCUUUUCGGGUAGACAUGUUGGAUUUGUCUCCUUAUUGCGAGGCACUGGAGAAUAUCGUUGAUGCAUUGAUGUUUGUACGAUCCAAAACAGAAACAGAACGACAAUCUGAGAGGAUUUUAGAAGUUAAAAGAAGGAUCAGAAGCCUGCUGUUUACAAUUGAGAACGAGGUGGAGAUUUAUGGCCUCCAGCAUGAAUCUGGAGGAUCUGGAAGCGGAUACAAGGUCAGGGGUAUCAUCCGUAGUUGCAGACAAGGUCUUAACAAAAGGCGCGCAAAGUUGGAUAUCAUCCAUAACCAGCUCAGGGACGCUGUCGUCGAGUACAACAGAGAACAAGCUCCGGAUCUACGUAUGGGUGAUAUAAGAAGUAUAAAUGAUAUAAGAAGUAUAAAAGUUUCCCGCAGUUCAGAAAAGGCCGAAAUGCUCUUUUCUCGAGCUAAUUACUCCAACGACUUGGAAUAUACUGUUGGAUUGGAGAAGGCCAUAAGUGGACUGGUAGAAGUUUUAGUCCGUGGAGACACUGAUGCCAAAGUAGUGAUUGCUUCCAUUUGCGGCGAAGGUGGAAUCGGCAAAACAACCCUUGCAAACAAAGUGUACGACCAGCAUCAGAUCCGGAGUCAUUUUGAGUGUUUCGCCUGGGUCUACGUCGGUAUCAACUGGACGAUUAGAGAUAUCUUGGUCAAUAUACUCGACCAAUUGCUUCCCUCGCGACUGACCAAGAAGAACAAAGAGUUGAUGAUGAUGACGAUGGUGGACGUUGAGGACGUGGAGUUAGCUCAACAGGUACACGAAGUUCUACAAGAAAAUGUUUGCCUAAUUGUGCUGGACAAUUGUUGUACCUAUGAAUUCUGGGAUAGCCUGCGCAUGGCCUUGCCAACCGAGGAGGAGAAUGCUAGCAGAUUCAUCCUUACCACUCGGCAGAGGGAUUUAGCUGUUCGUGUUGGUGCGGGAUUCAUCUGGGAUAUGCAAAAUCUCGAUCCCGACCAAAGCUGGGAAUUAUUCUCCUAUUGGCGGGACUUAGCGUUGAAGGACGAUGGUGGAAUCCCACCAGAACACGGUUCAGAUCAGCAGGAACUAGGAAAGCAAGGCCCAGAACUGGAACAAAAUAUACGGAGCUUAAUCUCAUCAUGCAGGGGCUUACCAUUGGCUAUAAUUUUAGUCGCCAGUAUGUUGAGAAGCAGGACAAUUGAUAUGGAAUCUGUGAAAGUCAGCCUUGGCAUAAUAAAUUCUUCUGGAAGACGUCCCGAAUCUUUAAGUUACUACAGUUUGCCACUUGGUAUAAGCUCGAGUUUUCUUUAUUUGGGAAACUUCCCAAACAAUUCAGGGAUUCAGGUAGACAAAUUGUGUCAGCUUUGGACUGCUGAAGGUCUGAUAUCAGCGUAUAGGGAAGACGGAGAAACAACGAUGGACUUGGCAGGGCGAUAUUUUGAUGAACUGUUGGUAAGGAGCUUGGUAAUUCUGCAUGAAGAUGAAGUCUCAGAUGUAAAACUCAUGUCCUGCCACGUUCAUGAUCUAAUAAGAGAUUUCAGUGUAUCACUUGGAGAAGAGGAGGGAUUUUAUGAGGUCAUGGAAUCUUCCAGUAAUCAUCCACGAAUGAGGUCAUCUGCACAAAGGUGUGCUAUAUAUUUGAAUAGAUAUGACAACUUAGCUGAUGUUUGCCCCUCUGCUAACCUUCGGUCUCUUUUAAUCCUCAACUCGGACCAAUCAGGGCAAGAACAUACAUGGCGACAGGAAUUUUUUAAUUUCAAUAAUCAUAGAUGGCUAAGAGUUCUAGAUUUUGAUAAAGUAUGUUUUCAGGAUGGAAAGCUACCAGACGGAGUGAGCGAGUUGUUCUUCUUGAGAUACUUGAGUUUUCGAGGAAGUUACCUGGAGGAUUUGCCAUCAUUUGUUGGUGAAUUUUUAUACCUGGAAACCCUCGACCUGAGGGUUCGGAAUGAUUGUACAUUGACAAUUUCAAAUGUCAUCUGGAAGCUCAAACGACUAAGACAUCUAUACUUCCCUCUGGCAUUUCAAACUCCUGAUCAUUGUGGUAUGUUAAAACUGGAUGGCUUGAAUGAACUGGAGACACUUGAAGGUUUAGAUACAAAUGUUUGCAGUGCUGAGGACCUCAUAAAGCUGACCAACCUUCGGAGUCUAGCAGCAACUGUGGAAGGAAAGCUGAAGGACUUGGUGCAGAUAAUCAACUGCAUAAACAAUAACUCGAGCCACUUGAGCAGGACAUUGAUUGACAUAAAAAAUUUUGAUUGUUACUCUGAAGAGCGGGUGUCAUUCAUUCCCAGUUUGUUCAGCUGUGGUGUACUUAAAUCUUUGAGAAUGGAAGGGCAUAUGGGAAAAGUACCAGAGGUUGGUACAAUCUCUUCCAGCUUUACCGAGAUUGUGUUAAGCGGUUCUGAGUUUAAACGAGAUCCAAUGGAAACACUGGAGAAGCUUCCCAACCUAAGGAUCCUGGUCUUAGAAAUUGAGGCAUUCGUGGGAAAGAAUAUGAAUUGUUCUGCCCCAGGUUUUCCUGAGCUCAGGAGUUUAAAACUCUCCAAAUUGUACAGUUUAGAGGCAUGGGAGGUUGCCGAAGGAGCAAUGCAUAAGCUUUUUACUUUGGAAAUUUCGAAGUGCAGGAGAAUGGAAAUGCUUCCCGAGGGACUAAAGUAUGUCAGUUCUCUCAGAAAGCUGAAGAUUAGCAUGAUGCCAGAACAAUUUGUAGGCAGGCUACAUAAGGUAGAUGGAAAAGGUGGAGAAGAUCUUCACAAAAUCAACUCCAACUGUACCAUAAAAUUUGGCAGUGAUGAUCGUUGGCUUUGA